AUAUGGGAUGCUAGCACUUAAAGCUGGAGGAUUAGCCUGCUGAGCCAUGGUGCUGGCCUUGCACCAGUCCUUCUUCCACGACAGAACACUGAUGGGGUAUCAUGAGUGAUUGGACAGAAUAUAGACAGGAUUUCUGCUGUCCAGGACCAGUGGGAUGAAACUAUCAGUGACUAGAAUCAUUUUUUAGAAAACAAAUAAGCAAAGCCUGGUUUGUAGUGCUUGUCAAUUUCUGUGAUGUGUGUAUUUCUCACAUCACUGUCUCAGUCUACCAACUUGAUGUCCCCAAACUCAGCACUGAGAUGAGAGGCGGACAGUCAGUUCUCCAGAGCUUAUAGAGUUGGCUCCAGCUCAUCACUGGAUGAAUCACACGUUCUGAGAAAAUCUACAACAGCAAGUGAAGUUACCGGUGCUUCUUGUUUCUGACAGCAGUCCCCUCUAUUGGACUUCAUGUGAAAGAUGGCUAAUGCGGAAGUGAGCGUCCCAGUGGGGGAUGUGGUUGUGGUGCCCACCGAAGGAAAUGAGGGAGAGAACCCCGAGGACACUAAAACCCAGGUGAUCUUGCAGUUGCAACCUGUGCAGCAAGGUUUGUUUAUCGAUGGACACUUUUACAACAGGAUUUAUGAAGCUGGGUCGGAAAACAACACGGCAGUUGUAGCAGUAGAAACUCACACGAUACACAAAAUUGAAGAAGGGAUUGAUGCCAGCACUAUAGAAGCAAAUGAGGAUAUGGAAAUUGCUUAUCCCAUAACUUGUGGGGAGAGCAAAGCCAUCCUUCUUUGGAAGAAGUUUGUAUGUCCUGGAAUAAAUGUGAAGUGUGUCAAGUUCAAUGAUCAGUUGAUCAGCCCCAAGCAUUUUGUUCAUCUGGCGGGCAAAUCCACCUUGAAGGACUGGAAGAGAGCCAUUCGUCUGGGUGGCAUCAUGCUCAGGAAAAUGAUGGACUCUGGACAGAUUGAUUUUUACCAGCAUGACAAAGUUUGCUCCAAUACCUGCAGAAGCACCAAGUUUGAUCUUCUGAUCAGCAGUGCAAGAGCUCCAGUGCCAGGACAGCAGACAAGUGUGGUGCAGACACCCACCUCGGCUGAUGGUAGCAUCACACAGAUUGCCAUCUCAGAGGAGAGCAUGGAAGAAGCAGGGCUGGAGUGGAACUCGGCCCUCACCGCUGCUGUUACCAUGGCCACAGAGGAGGGUGUAAAGAAAGACUCAGAGGAAAUUUCAGAGGACACGUUGAUGUUCUGGAAAGGAAUAGCUGACGUGGGGCUGAUGGAGGAGGUUGUCUGCAACAUCCAGAAGGAAAUCGAGGAGCUUCUCAGGGGAGUCCAGCAGCGGCUCGUCCAGACACCCUUCCAGGUCACAGAUGCUGCUGUUCUCAACAAUGUAGCACAUACCUUUGGCUUAAUGGACACAGUCAAGAAGGUUUUGGACAACAGAAGGAACCAAGUCGAGCAAGGGGAGGAGCAGUUUCUCUUCACUCUGACAGACUUGGAACGCCAGUUGGAAGAGCAGAAGAAACAAGCUCGGGAUCAUCGGCUGAAAUCCCAGUCAGUUCAGAAUGUGGUUUUGAUGCCCGUGAGCACCCCUAAACCCCCCAAGCGGCCCCGGCUGCAGCGGCCUGCCUCAACCACCGUCCUCAGCCCCUCUCCUCCUGUUCAGCAGCCUCAAUUCACGGUCCUCUCACCUAUCACCAUCACGCCAGUGGGCCAGUCAUUUUCCAUGGGCAAUAUUCCAGUGGCCACUCUCAGCCAGGGCUCCAGUCCUGUGACUGUCCACACGCUGCCUUCUGGCCCUCAGCUCUUCCGUUAUGCCACCGUGGUUUCCUCCGCCAAGAGUAACUCACCCGACACAGUGACCAUCCACCCUUCCUCUAGCUUGGCACUGCUGAGCUCUACCACUAUGCAGGAUGGGAGCCCCCUGGGCAACAUGACAACCAUGGUGAGCCCCGUGGAGCUGGUGGCCAUGGAGUCUGGCCUGACCUCAGCAAUCCAGGCUGUUGAAAGCACUUCCGAGGACGGGCAGACCAUCAUUGAGAUUGACCCAGCCCCCGACCCGGAGGCCGAUGGUACUGAGGGCAAAGCAGUCAUCUUGGAGACCGAGCUGAGGACUGAGGAGAAAGUUGUGGCUGAGAUGGAAGAACACCAGCAUCAAGUUCACAAUGUGGAGAUUGUGGUCUUGGAGGAUUGACUGGGGAACUGGGGGCCAGCAGAUAGGUUUUGGUUUGAAAUUUUAAUUAUUUGUUUAUUUUUAUCAUUGUCCCAUUCAUUUCCAAAUAGGUGCCUCCUUAUUUUUGUUGUUGUUGUUUAAAACAAACUGUCAUUGUCCUAACUGAAAAUGUUGGGUUUCUUCCACCCCUCACUGAAAAAUGGACACCACAAACAACCUUCCAGAAGUUGAGAGUAGGUCACUCUGUGUCCUAAUACUAAGAAUUAUUUCUUUCAGAGGAGCUGGCAAGAUAACUAGGAACUCUUCCAGGCCAGUCAGUGUGAGCAUGUGGUUUUAUUCUUUUAAAGAUGUGUUGACCAAACUCUGGAUCACAGAUCUGGCACUGGAAAGCCACCUGCUCACGUGUGGAUGCAGAAGGGCACUUUUAUUUUGUAUCCUGGAAGGGGCCCAAAGGCCAGUGCAGAACUCUGAAAGCAAAAGGAAGUGGAACUCUGCAUGGAGGGGAAGGUGGCGUGCCAGCAGCCGCUUAAAAGUGGAAGUGCUUUGAUGAAGAUGGGGCAAGGAUGGUUUCUUUCUCCCAGAGGUGCAACUGGUGUCCUUGAGGUCUCUGAGGAUAUCAGGGCUGUGAUUUUGAGAGGAUGCCAGUGAGGAGUGGAAGGGCCCAUCUCCAGAGAUCAAGUGAGGCGUUGGCCUGUGGCUGUGCAGAAACAGCCACCGAGGGAUGCCACGGCUGUACUUUGGUCUUCAUGGUGAUAGCCACCUUGCCCCUCACUUUGUUAAAGCACUUAUCAUCCUGAACUAGCAUCAGUACAGUCACUGGCCAGCUGUGAUGUGGUGCAGCUGGCUCUGGCUCUUGGACUGGGACUGAGACUGCCGGGGUUGCAAAUCCAAGGCUAGGAGCAGACUUCGUAUGCAGAUCAGCUGCCAUGUUUGCUGGGGCCUUUAUGGUGAUGAUUCUUUGGCUUUGGAACCAAAAGCAGCCACUCAUUUGGUGCUUCCUCUCAUUCUCCCCACCGUCCUUGGACUCCUAACAGCAUCUGUCUCCUGGAUCCCACACUCUUCAGCUUUUUGGCUGGUUCGGAGAACAGUGACAGGUGCCCGCCUGCUGCCUUCCCCUUUUAGAGUCAUUUGUACCGCAGAUGUUUCUAUGAGAUGUAGAGCUCAUAAAAAACGUAGGCUUGGCAGGGAGGCCUCAACACUCCCAGCCUUUGCUGAGGCACCCGCUAGCUGUCUCCUCCUGAGCGAGCUGGACUCCCUGGGAAAGAAGCAUUAUCCGCAGCAUUAUACUAUAGGAAGCAUCCCAGGAAUGUCAAUAAUAAUGUCCUUGGGGGGCUUUUCUUAUUUUGUUUUCUUUUUAAUGUUGUUUGUAUAUUUAGAGUUGGGCCAUUUUCCAUGCUGUGAUUCCUUCUCUCUUGACCCUUUUCAACAUUGGGGCAAGAGUGGACCGGAUUUUUAUUUCUUUGGUUGUAUUGUUUACCGCUUUAGGAAGAGUAUAGGGAAACUGCAAAUGAUUUAAAGGAAAAAUAGGUCAUAAAAGAAAGCACACACUUUAGAAGUGGGAGGGUUUUUGUUUUUUAAUUAAAGGAAAAACUUUGAACUGGUUUCUUUCUUUCUUUCUUUCGUUUUUAAAGAGGACACUCACCUGAAGCCAUGUUUGUUGGUAGCAGAUGUUGGAAACCCUGUCGAAAUAAUUGGAAAUUGCAUUCUGCCAUGUAGCCACAGAAGUCCUCCAAUCUGGGACUGCUGUUAAAAGUCUUAAGAAGUAAAAUUUCUGAACCUUA